AUGGCGAUGCUGCCUCCUCCAGGACCUCAGAGCUUUGUCUACUUCACAAAACAGUCUCUUGCCCUUAUUGAGCAACGCAUUUCUGAAGAAAAAGCCAAGGAACACAAAGAUGAAAAGAAAGAAGAUGAUGAAGAAGGUCCCAAGCCCAGCAGUGACUUGGAAGCUGGCAAACAGCUGCCCUUCAUCUAUGGAGACAUUCCCCCUGGGAUGGUGUCGGAGCCCCUGGAGGACCUGGACCCAUACUAUGCAGACAAGAAAACUUUUAUAGUAUUGAACAAAGGGAAAGCAAUCUUCCGUUUCAACGCCACUCCUGCUUUGUACAUGCUGUCCCCCUUCAGUCCGCUAAGAAGAAUAUCUAUUAAGAUUUUAGUGCAUUCUUUAUUCAGCAUGCUGAUCAUGUGCACCAUUCUGACAAACUGCAUAUUCAUGACCAUGAGCAACCCUCCAGAAUGGACCAAAAAUGUGGAAUACACUUUUACUGGGAUAUAUACUUUUGAAUCACUCAUAAAAAUCCUUGCAAGAGGCUUUUGCGUGGGAGAAUUCACCUUCCUCCGUGACCCUUGGAACUGGCUGGAUUUUAUUGUCAUUGUUUUUGCGUAUUUAACAGAAUUUGUAAACCUAGGCAAUGUUUCAGCUCUUCGAACUUUCAGAGUCUUGAGAGCUUUGAAAACUAUUUCUGUAAUCCCAGGCCUGAAGACCAUCGUGGGGGCCCUGAUCCAGUCUGUGAAAAAGCUGUCUGAUGUCAUGAUCCUCACUGUGUUCUGUCUCAGUGUCUUUGCAUUAAUUGGACUACAGCUGUUCAUGGGAAACCUGAAGCAUAAAUGUUUCAGGAAGGAACUGGAAGACAAUGAAACAUUAGAAAGCAUCAUGAAUACUGUUGAGAGUGAAGAGGAACUGAAAAAAUAUUUUUAUUACUUGGAGGGAACCAAAGAUGCUCUCCUUUGUGGUUUCAGCACAGAUUCUGGUCAGUGUCCAGAAGGGUAUGAGUGUGUGAAGGCUGGCAGAAACCCUGAUUAUGGCUACACAAGCUUUGACACUUUCAGCUGGGCCUUCUUAGCCUUGUUUCGGCUAAUGACUCAAGACUACUGGGAGAACCUUUACCAACAGACUUUACGUGCUGCUGGCAAAACCUACAUGAUUUUCUUUGUCGUGGUGAUUUUCCUGGGCUCCUUUUACCUGAUAAACCUGAUCCUGGCUGUGGUAGCCAUGGCAUAUGAAGAGCAGAACCAGGCCAACAUUGAAGAAGCAAAACAGAAAGAAUUAGAAUUUCAGCAGAUGUUAGACCGACUCAAAAAAGAGCAGGAAGAAGCUGAGGCGAUCGCUGCAGCUGCUGCUGAAUACACUAGUAUUGGGCGGAGCAGGAUGAUGGGUCUCUCGGAGAGUUCUUCAGAAACCUCCAGGCUGAGCUCAAAGAGUGCCAAGGAGAGAAGAAACAGAAGGAAGAAAAAGAACCAGAAGAAGAUCUCCAGUGGCGAAGAAAAGGGCGAUGAUGAAAAACUGUCCAAGUCAGAGUCAGAGGAAAGCAUCCGAAAGAAAAGUUUCCAUCUCGGUGUAGAAGGACACCACCGCGCCCGGGAGAAGAGGCUGUCCACACCUAACCAGUCACCCCUCAGCAUUCGCGGCUCCUUGUUUUCCGCAAGGCGCAGCAGCAGAACGAGUCUCUUCAGUUUUAAGGGUCGAGGAAGAGAUCUAGGAUCUGAGACCGAAUUCGCUGAUGAUGAGCAUAGCAUUUUUGGAGACAAUGAGAGCAGACGAGGUUCACUAUUUGUGCCUCACAGACCCCGGGAGCGACGCAGCAGUAACAUCAGCCAGGCCAGUAGGUCCCCCCAAAUGCUGUCGGUGAACGGGAAGAUGCACAGUGCGGUGGACUGCAAUGGCGUGGUGUCGCUUGUUGAUGGACCCUCAGCCCUCAUGGUCCCCAAUGGACAGCUUCUUCCAGAGGUGAUAAUAGAUAAGGCAACUUCCGACGACAGCGGUACAACCAAUCAAAUGCGCAAAAAAAGACUCUCCAGUUCUUACUUCCUGUCUGAGGACAUGUUGAAUGACCCGCAUCUCAGGCAAAGAGCAAUGAGCAGAGCAAGCAUUCUGACUAAUACUGUGGAAGAACUUGAAGAAUCUAGACAAAAAUGUCCACCUUGGUGGUACAGAUUUGCUCACACAUUUUUAAUCUGGAAUUGUUCUCCAUAUUGGAUAAAAUUCAAAAAGUUCAUCUAUUUUAUUGUAAUGGAUCCUUUUGUAGAUCUUGCAAUUACUAUUUGCAUAGUUCUAAACACGUUGUUUAUGGCUAUGGAGCACCACCCAAUGACUGAUGAGUUCAAAAAUGUACUUGCUGUGGGGAACCUGAUAUUUACAGGGAUCUUCGCAGCUGAAAUGGUACUGAAGUUAAUAGCCAUGGAUCCUUAUGAGUAUUUUCAAGUAGGGUGGAAUAUUUUUGACAGCCUAAUUGUAACAUUAAGUUUGGUAGAGCUUUUCCUAGCAGAUGUGGAAGGAUUAUCAGUCCUGCGGUCAUUCAGAUUGCUGCGAGUCUUCAAAUUGGCAAAAUCCUGGCCCACACUGAAUAUGCUCAUUAAGAUCAUUGGCAAUUCGGUGGGCGCACUGGGAAACCUGACCCUGGUGUUGGCCAUCAUUGUCUUCAUUUUUGCCGUGGUCGGCAUGCAGCUGUUUGGAAAAAGCUACAAGGAGUGUGUCUGUAAAAUCAAUGAGGAUUGCAAGCUCCCGCGCUGGCACAUGAAUGACUUCUUCCAUUCCUUCCUGAUCGUGUUCCGAGUGUUGUGUGGAGAAUGGAUAGAGACCAUGUGGGACUGCAUGGAGGUUGCUGGCCAAGCAAUGUGCCUUAUUGUUUACAUGAUGGUCAUGGUGAUUGGUAACCUUGUGGUCCUGAACCUGUUUCUGGCUUUAUUACUGAGUUCAUUUAGUUCUGACAAUCUUACAGCAAUUGAAGAAGACACCGAUGCAAACAACCUGCAGAUUGCAGUGGCCAGAAUUAAAAGAGGAAUAAAUUAUGUAAAACGGACAUUACGUGAACUUAUCCUAAAAUCAUUUUCCAAAAAGCCAAAGGGCUCCAAGGAUACAAAACGAACAGUAGAUCCAAACAACAAAAAAGAAAACUAUAUCGCAAACCGUACACUUGCUGAGAUGAGCAAAGAUCACAAAGAGAGGGAUAAAAUGAGUGCCUUUGGGAGCAGUAUAGACAAAAGUUUUAUGGAUGAAAAUGAUUACCAGUCCUUUAUUCAUAAUCCCAGCCUCACGGUGACAGUGCCAAUUGCACCUGGGGAAUCUGAUUUGGAAAAUAUGAACACUGAAGAACUUAGUAGUGACUCAGAUAGCGACUACAGCAAAGAGAGACGGAACCGAUCAAGUUCCUCGGAGUGUAGCACAGUUGAUAACCCUCUGCCGGGAGAAGGAGAAGAAGCAGAAGCUGAGUCUGUGAAUGCGGAUGAGCCAGAAGCAUGUUUUACAGACGGUUGUGUGCGGAGAUUUCCAUGCUGCCAAGUUAAUGUAGACUCCGGGAAAGGGAAAGUCUGGUGGACCAUCAGGAAGACCUGCUACAGGAUAGUUGAACACAGCUGGUUUGAAAGCUUUAUUGUUCUGAUGAUCCUGCUCAGCAGCGGAGCUCUGGCUUUUGAAGAUAUAUACAUUGAAAAGAAAAAGACCAUUAAAAUUAUUCUGGAGUAUGCCGACAAGAUAUUUACCUACAUCUUCAUUUUGGAAAUGCUUCUAAAAUGGGUGGCCUAUGGGUAUAAAACAUAUUUCACCAAUGCCUGGUGUUGGCUGGACUUCUUAAUUGUUGAUGUAUCUCUGGUUACUUUAGUAGCCAACACUCUUGGCUACUCAGACCUUGGUCCCAUUAAAUCCCUGCGAACCUUGAGAGCACUAAGACCUCUAAGAGCUUUGUCUAGAUUUGAAGGAAUGAGGGUGGUGGUCAAUGCACUCAUAGGAGCAAUCCCUUCCAUCAUGAAUGUGCUUCUUGUGUGUCUUAUAUUCUGGCUAAUAUUUAGCAUCAUGGGUGUCAAUCUGUUUGCUGGCAAGUUCUAUGAGUGUGUCAACACUACCGAUGGGACACGAUUUCCUACAACUCAAGUUGCAAACCGUUCUGAGUGUUUUGCCCUUAUGAAUGUUACUGGAGAUGUACGAUGGAAAAAUCUGAAAGUGAACUUCGAUAAUGUUGGGCUCGGUUAUCUGUCGCUGCUUCAAGUCGCAACAUUUAAAGGCUGGAUGGACAUUAUGUAUGCAGCUGUUGACUCUGUUAAUGUAAAUGAGCAGCCGAAAUAUGAGUACAACCUCUACAUGUAUAUUUAUUUUGUCAUCUUUAUCAUCUUUGGGUCAUUCUUCACUUUGAACUUGUUCAUUGGUGUCAUCAUAGACAAUUUCAACCAACAGAAAAAGAAGCUUGGAGGUCAAGACAUCUUUAUGACAGAAGAACAGAAGAAAUAUUAUAAUGCAAUGAAGAAGCUGGGAUCCAAGAAACCACAAAAACCAAUUCCUAGACCAGGGAACAAAUUCCAAGGAUGUAUAUUUGACUUAGUGACAAAUCAAGCUUUUGAUAUCACUAUCAUGGUUCUUAUUUGUCUCAACAUGGUAACCAUGAUGGUGGAAAAAGAAGGGCAAAGUCGGUACAUGACUGAUGUUUUGUAUUGGAUCAAUAUGGUCUUCAUUAUCCUGUUCACUGGGGAGUGCGUGCUGAAGUUGAUCUCCCUCAGACAUUACUACUUCACUGUUGGAUGGAACAUCUUUGAUUUUGUGGUAGUGAUCCUCUCCAUUGUAGGAAUGUUUCUCGCUGAGAUGAUAGAGAAGUACUUUGUGUCCCCUACCCUGUUCCGAGUCAUCCGCCUGGCCAGGAUUGGCCGAAUCCUACGCCUGAUCAAAGGCGCCAAGGGGAUCCGUACACUGCUUUUUGCUUUGAUGAUGUCUCUUCCCGCACUGUUCAACAUCGGCCUCCUGCUUUUCCUGGUCAUGUUCAUCUACGCCAUCUUUGGGAUGUCCAACUUUGCCUAUGUUAAAAAGGAAGCUGGAAUUAAUGACAUGUUCAACUUUGAGACUUUUGGCAACAGCAUGAUCUGCCUGUUCCAAAUCACCACCUCUGCAGGCUGGGAUGGACUGCUGGCCCCCAUCCUCAACAGUGCCCCUCCCGACUGUGACCCAAAAAAAAUUCAUCCAGGAAGUUCAGUGGAAGGAGACUGUGGGAACCCGUCUGUGGGGAUUUUCUACUUUGUCAGCUACAUCAUCAUAUCCUUCCUGGUUGUGGUGAACAUGUACAUCGCUGUCAUCCUGGAGAAUUUCAGCGUUGCCACUGAAGAAAGUACUGAACCCCUGAGUGAGGACGACUUUGAGAUGUUCUAUGAGGUCUGGGAGAAGUUCGACCCUGAUGCCACUCAGUUCAUAGAGUUCUGCAAGCUGUCUGACUUUGCGGCUGGCCUGGAACCCCCCCUUCUCAUCGCAAAGCACAACAAAGUACAGCUCAUUGCCAUGGAUCUGCCCAUGGUGAGCGGAGACCGCAUCCACUGCCUGGACAUCUUAUUUGCUUUUACAAAGCGUGUCCUUGGUGAGAGUGGAGAGAUGGAUUCUCUUCGUUCACAGAUGGAAGAUAGGUUUAUGUCUGCAAAUCCUUCUAAAGUGUCCUAUGAGCCCAUUACAACCACACUAAAACGAAAACAAGAGGAUGUAUCUGCUACUAUCAUUCAGCGUGCUUACAGAAGGUACCGCCUUCGGCAAAACGUCAAGAAUAUAUCAAGUAUAUACAUAAAAGAUGGAGAUAGGGAUGAUGACUUGCCUAAUAAAGAAGAUAUAGUUUUCGAUAAUGUUAACGAGAACUCAAGUCCAGAAAAGACAGAUGCAACUGCCUCUGCCAUCUCUCCGCCUUCGUAUGACAGUGUCACAAAGCCAGAUCAAGAGAAAUAUGAAACAGACAAAACAGAGAAGGAAGACAAAGGGAAAGAUGGGAAAGAAAGCAGGGAAUAG